UGCAGAAGGACCAGCCAUGUCCAAGACCACAGCGCUCCACACACACAGCAUGUCCAGCAGGCAGCGAUGUCCGCCGGGCAAGGGUCUGGAGAGCAUCGAGCGUCUGGUGCGCUCUGUGGAGGAAACCCCUGAUCCCAUCCCCACCUCCAUCACGGGAACUAUUCCAACCUGGAUCAACGGCAGCUUCCUGAGAAAUGGUCCCGGGAAGUUUGAAUUUGGAAAAGACAGAUACACCCACUGGUUCGAUGGCAUGGCCCUGAUGCACCGGUUCCACAUCUGUGAGGGCAGUGUCACCUACUGUAGCCGAUUCCUCAGAAGUGACUCGUAUGUCACCAACUCAGAGAAGAACCGCAUCGUGGUGUCAGAAUUCGGGACCUUAGCCCUGCCCGAUCCCUGCAAGAACAUCUUUGCUCGCUUCUAUUCCCGCUUUCAGAUUCCUAAGGCCACAGAUAACGCCAGCGUGAACUUUGUCACAUACAAGGGAGACUAUUACGUCAGCACAGAAACCAACUACAUGAGACGAGUAGACCCACAGAGCCUGGAGACGAAGGAGAAGGUGGACUGGAGUCAAUACAUCGCUGUCAACUCGGCCACAGCUCACCCACACUAUGACCGCGAGGGAGCCACGUACAACAUGGGCAACUCCUAUGGGAAAAGCGGUUUCUUUUACAAUAUCAUUUGUGUCCCUCCUCCCGAGGAGAAGGCAGCAGUGGAGGACCCUGCAGACCUGAAGGGAGCCAGAGUAAUCUGCUCCAUUCGGGCUUCUGAACCCAGGAAACCUUCCUAUUAUCACAGCUUUGUCAUGUCGGAGAACUACAUCGUGUUCGUCGAGCAGCCGAUCAAGCUGGACGUGAUGAAGAUGAAGCUGUACCAAAUCCAGGGAAAGAGCUUGAACAAAGCCAUGAAGUGGGAACCUCAGUAUGACACCAUCUUCCACUUGGUCAACAAGCACACCGGCAAGGAGAGUGAAGUGAAGUACCGCGCAGCGCCCAUGUUCACGCUGCAUCAGAUCAACGCUUUUGAGGACAACGGGCUCUUGGUGAUGGACAUGUGCUGCGGGGACGAUGGUGAGGUCAUCGGAGAAUUUACGCUGGAGAACCUCCGUCGGGGCGCGGGAGAGGAAAUGGACAAGUUUUACAACUCAAUGUGCAGAAACCUCCCGAGGAGAUACGUCCUGCCGCUGACCGUGGACGAAGAAACUCCUUUGGACCAAAACCUGGUGUUGCUGGAUAACUAUACAGCCACAGCCAGGAAGACAAAACCAGGAGAGGUUUACAUGACUCACGAGGAACUUUACGAUGACGAGCUGCUGCAGUACGGCGGCCUCGAGUUCCCUCAGAUCAACUACGAGCAGCACAACGGCCGACCCUACCGCUACUUCUACUCCUGUGGCUUCGCACAUGUCUUCAGUGACUCCUUGCUCAAAAUGGAUGUCCACACCAAGGAGCUUAAGGUGUGGCGUUAUCCCGGCUUGUUUCCGUCUGAGCCGGUCUUUGUUGCGGCGCCCAACGCUACUCAGGAAGACGAUGGAGUGAUUUUGUCAGUCAUCAUCACACCCAGAGAGGAGAAAAGCACUUUCCUACUUAUUCUGGAUGCGAAGACCUUCACAGAGCUGGGGAGAGCAGAGGUCCCCGUCGAUGUCCCGUACGGGUCCCACGGCGUGUUCAACAGGAUGGGCUAGACGGGCCGUUGUUCACCACUCCGGGAAACUCUGGACAGGACAAAGACCUCCCGCCACACCAAAAGCUUUGUCCCGUCGGCAGUCGGGCUCAUCAAUGGAGCCCGGCUCCCCCACUGACUGACUCUGUCACCCCCAGGACUUCCUCCUCUUCUUCCUCCUUCCUCUCUCCUUCCUCUUCCUUCUCCUCCUUCUUCUUCUUCUUCUUACUCCUCCUCCCUCCUCCUUACACAUGUCACUUUAACAUACACUUUAACUUAAACACACAUGUCUCUUGAAACACACACCUAAACACUUUAACGUUAUUUGUUGUCCGAGCACUUUAUCUUAUUUUAUCUUAUCUUAUGCCAAAAAAAAAUCCUCGUUUGUGUAAACAUUCCUGGCAAUAAACUGUUUCUGAUUCUGAUUCUGAUGUAACCGGGAACCAGCCUCUUCAGCCACAGAAUGUGAUCGUCUCCGGCGAUGUCGUUGCAUGUACGAUUUCUGAACUGUAAAAGAAACGAGAAGCAAGGGGGGAAAAAAAAUAGUUUGUAGCUCACCAUCAGAAAUAUGGCAAUCAUUUGCAGACUUACGAGACAGAAAGCCCAGCAUGGCAUCGGCGCUCUGAUAACGUUGGUCCUCUAAGUGCUCUCAUGUGCUCUUGUAAGAUUUUGAAACAGAUUUUAGGCAAUGGCCAGACUUCCACGUUGAUGUCGGUUACGUGGAAGAAAUGACAUUUUAUGUGGAAAACCUUUUGAAAAAAACACGACAGUGAAGACACAAAUUGAAAUAAAAUCUUUUUUUUCUGUUUAAA